CGGACCCUCUCACUUCUCCCCAUGGAGCUCUAGGAUGUGGAUGUGAGAAGGGUGAGCGAAGAAGGAAGAUGGCGACGAGGAGCAGCCCUAACCCCGUGCCCAUGGGCACGGCUCAGGGUGACCUUGGAGAGGCAGGAACACUGCCGGGUCCUGAUGCUGGCAUCCAGGAGACCGGGUCAGCUGCUCAGCUGAAGAUGAAGCCCAAGCAGGUGCGCAAACUCAAGGCACUCAUCAUUGACCUGGGCUCCCAGUACUGUAAGUGUGGCUAUGCAGGGGAGCCGAGACCCACCUACUUCAUCUCCUCCACGGUGGGCAAGUGCUACUCCGAGGCCGCCGAUGCUGGCGACACCCGCAAGGAGACCUAUGUGGGCCACGAGCUGCUCAACACCGAGGCGCCCCUGAAGCUGAUGAACCCGCUGAAGUACGGCAUCGUGGUGGACUGGGACUGCGUACAGAGCAUCUGGGAGUACGUCUUCCACACGGCCAUGAAGAUCCUGCCCGAGGAGCACGCCGUGCUGGUCUCUGACCCCCCGCUCAGCCCCAGCAGCAACCGGGAGAAGUACGCAGAGCUCCUGUUCGAGACCUUCGGCAUCCCUGCCAUGCAUGUGACGUCCCAGUCACUGCUGUCCAUCUACUCCUACGGCAAGACCUCGGGCCUGGUGGUGGAGAGCGGGCACGGCGUCUCGCACGUGGUGCCCAUCUCGGAGGGCGACGUGCUGCCGGGCCUGACGGGACGUGCCGACUAUGCUGGGAGCGACCUCACCAACUACCUGCUGCAGCUGCUUAACGAGGCCGGCCACAAGUUCACGGACGACCACCUGCACAUCAUCGAGCACAUCAAGAAGAAGUGCUGCUACUCUGCACUCCUGCCUGAGCAGGAGCUCGGCCUGGGCCUCGAGGAGGUGCGUGUGGACUAUGAGCUCCCCGACGGCCAGCUCAUCACCAUCGGCCGGGAGCGCUUCCAGUGCGCCGAGAUGCUCUUCAAGCCCAGCCUGGUGGGCAGCACCCAGCCCAGCCUCCCCGCACUCACCGCCGCCUGCCUGGACCGCUGCCAGGAGGCGGGUUUCAAGGAGGAGAUGGCCGCCAGCGUGCUGCUGUGUGGUGGCUGCACCAUGCUGGAUGGCUUCCCCGAGCGCUUCCAGAGGGAGCUGAGCCUCCUCUGCCCCGGGGCCAGCCCUGCAGUGGCCGCCGCUCCUGAGAGGAAGACCUCCGUGUGGACCGGCGGCUCCAUCCUGGCCUCCCUACAGGCCUUCCAGCAGCUGUGGGUCAGCAAGGAAGAGUUUGAGGAGCGGGGCAGUGCAGCCAUCUACAGCAAGUGCUGAGUGGCAGUGCCCGGAUGGGCGAGGCCUGGUGGGCAGGUGGCCUCUGGCCACUCUAUACACAUUUACAGAAUUUCACAUAAAAACUUUAACAUGCACUGGU